AUCGUUACAGAGAUCUUCAGUACCAACUCCGAAAAGUCAAUCUCUGAGAUUACUACGAAUACAAACUUCGAUACGAUUACUUCCCAUCAGCCAAGUUAUAUGUCCUCCGAAUGCUAGGUUCGUUGCACGAAAGCCUCGAAUCUUAUAUUACACAAGAAAUCCUAUGCCAGUUAGAUACAAUUGCCCAGAGCGGCAGUCCUUCAGCGGUAUUUGCAGGAGACAUAGAAAACAGUACAUCUGCAGAAAUCAACUUUGAGGAUACUAAAUACGGUUCACAUCAGCCAGACACCUCAUUCCAACAUUUUGAAGCACAAUAUCCAGUCGUUAUCCUUGAAUUGUCCUACUCGCAAAAGAAGAAGGAUUUGUCACGUUUAGCAAAUGAGUAUAUUCUCGGGUCAGAUGCCGAUAUCCGCGUCGUAAUUGGCAUCGAUGUUGAGUACAAAGGAAGCAAGAAGGCAUCUGUUUCAAUGUGGCGUCCACGUAUUGGAGUUAAUAAUGUGGGAGAGAAAGAAUUAUUCGUUGGGCAGACAGUUACAGACCAGCUCUUUCGCAACGAUGCAGGAAACCUCGUUCCUGAUCCUCAAGCAAGCCUGCAACUGCGACUCGAGGACUUAUAAGCGAUAUUCUAGUGGAUAAUGCGUUGAGAGCGACAGAGCUGUCUCUCUUGACGUCGAUCCUUGUAUAAGCCAAAUGUUUCAAUUCGAGCCUC